UCACUGUUGUUACAUUUGGUAGCACAAUGGGCUUGUAGUGAUACUUUCCUCUGACAGGGCACUGAAUGUGGUUAUGAAAAAUGGCUAUUCCAACUAUAAGUGUUUUCAGGCAUUCUAAUUUGAUGACUUAAGAAUGGAACAGCAACCCACAACUAUUAGAAGCAUUAUAUUAAUAUACAAAAGUGAUAUUAUUGUGUCAAAGAAGGAGAGCUAAUAAUAAUGGAUGAAGAAACAGUUGCUGUGUUAUGGGAGAAUCUUGAGUCCUGGAUUUCUGACUAUGACUGGAAAUCUGCUUUCAUUAUGACUUUCCUGGUCAUUGCUUUUGAGUUAUUCCUCCUAGAACUUUGUAGGACUUGUCAGAAAAAGAUUGCAGAAAAAAAUAUCCAGAAGGAGAGCAGUUCAAAUUCCUUGAAGGAAGAAGAUACUUUUCUGAAAAACUUGGGAUAUGAGAACUGGCCACGUGCUCCAUUACCUCCAAAAAAAGGGCCUGGAGCUUUGUCAAGGAGUCAACUUCUGUCUUCAGUUGACCCCCAGCAUCCAGAAGGCACCUUUAAUGAAAUAUUUUCAACUUCAUAUGAAUGGUCAGGUACUAGUGAUAAUGAAAGCCCAGUGAGUUGGUCUAGUGGCAAUGGAAGUCAGACAUCAUUUUCAAGUGAGGAAAUUUCAUCUUCUUCAUUUGUCGAUAUAGUACACAAGAAGCCCCGUCCCAACUAUAAAAGAUUUUCAUGUUGUAUGCUUGAAACACCAUCUUACUUGAAAAAAUCACUGCCAAUGAAGAAAAAAUACCCAAGUAAAAAUAAGAAUGUACAAUUUUCUUCUGAUCAUAACCUUUGGAAAAAACCCAGGAUAACAUUAGAAAAUGAUUGGACACCAUGCCCUUUAGCUCAUUUAUAUCUUCCCAAAAACCAAAUCAAGCUUCUAGAAGAGAAUUUAAGAAAUCAAAUCCCUUCAAAAUCCCAGCCUGUGAUAAUGAUUAAAACUACUUACCAAGGCUCAAAGUUUACUAAAUUGAAUCAAGCAUCAUUUUCAUCAGAAGAAACUUCCAGUAAAAGACAGAAAAUGCCUCAAGAGUUAUCUUACCACCAAGGUGAUAUCAAGCCCAAAGGUUUUUUCUUUCCUCAGGAUUCCGUACAAUCUGCAGUUUUAAUCCGGUCUGAAGUCCCAGGCUGGGUCCAAUCUUGCAAUCUGACCCAAGACAAUUUUAAUAUCCAGACUUCAGAAAAAGCCCGAGGUUUGUCCUAUCAAAAAGGACAGCUAAAGUAUCCAUCUCAAAUACGGUGCAAAAAUGGAAUAUAUCUCACAAACUUGAAAAGUAUAAUGGGUCCUCGAGUUUUGAGUCUCAAGGCAAAGAAACCAUCAGUUUCCCAACUUCUUAAUAUCUCAGGCUCUAAUACAUCAACCAGUAGAAGGAAACUGGGAUGGAACAUCACAAGAUCAAAUAGUGCUGGCAAAAUGAAUCUGAGGGAUGUCAUAUCAGCUUCAUCCCAGGAGGCUGUACAGAUUUUUGUGCCCAGCUCAUCUCCUGGUAGAGGUAGAGAAAGGAAAAAUAUGGUUAUAAGAAGAGUAACCGAAGUAAAGUUUCCCCAAGUGCAGAGCAAAAAAUCACCAGAGAAAACAUAUGCACAGCCAGGUGAAUUUAAAAUGAAAGAAUCAACAGUUUCUUAUUCACUUAGUUCAGAAUUCUCAGAUAUCAAAGUUCAGGAAAAUAAAGAUGGUGAUAUGAUCAGAGCAGGAUCACUUGGGAACAGAGAAAAUCGUUGCCCACCAAAUGCAAAUAAGAUAAGAUUUCUUACUCCAGAGCAGUCCAUUCAGCAAUCCAAGAAUAUGUGUCAAGAUGUUUUGAAUUCUUUUUCUUUAACCAAGAAGUUUUCACUUCAACUUGAGAAGUCAAAGAAAAUAAGUGAUGCUGCUUCCCCAGAGACUCUGAAUUUAAAACGUUCAAAUUUACUGAGAAAGAAAGUACCAGAUAAAACUGACAUGCCUGGGCAUGAUGGUUCCAGAUCUGGAAAAAGAUCCAAAUUACUUAUUUCAAGGCAGAGUAGCGUGCAGCCAAAGGUAGUAUUAAAAUCUUUUCUCUAUUCUGCUUUUGCCUCAGUGAAGUCCCCACUUCAAAAGGAAAAACAAAAGGAAAAAGAAGACUUAGGAGAAGAAAUGGACAGAACAGAACAAAAUCUAUCUCAAGAAGCAGAGAUGUCGUUAAUUAAAAUUGAGUGUAAACAGCUGCUUGACUCAGAAAGGGAUGGUGAUCACCAAAUUUCACCCUCCCAAGGAGAGAGAUCACUGAUUAGGGCACAAUUACUGGAGUGUGGUAGCCCAAGAGAUUCCCUCCCCCAGGAAAACUGGGCAAAUCAGACAGAAUGUUCCAUUACAAAGCAGGAGGAAGGGCAGGAUAAAAGCUAUCUACCAAUGAGUAUUUCAGAAGUUGAGAAUGCUUUUCAGCCCAGUACAGCUCCAUUGGAACAAAAAUCAAUAGAGAUCCUGGAAGAUAUGAAAACAUCAGUAUGUCCUCUAGGUUGUGAAGAAAUCAAAAGAUCUCUUGAGAACUACAUAAAAGCCACAGAUAUUCUCAACUCUCUCUCUGCCACUGUCCCCAGUCCUUCUCAAAUAAAAAUAAAAUAUAUAAAAAUAAUGGAAGACAGUAACAAUUCAGUGUGUAUACCUCUAAUUUGUGGGAAAAUCACACAGUUUGAGUGCAAAGAAGAAAUUGGAGCUGAUGAUAACAAUAACACCAUGUCCAGGCUAUGUGAAAGUAUGAAAAAACAACCAAUAGAGGCAGACAAUAAAAAUACAAUCCAUCUUACUGAAAUAGAAACAUCUGAGAUCUGUGGAGAAAUCACAGUUGAUGAUAACAAUGCCACCAUGCCCAGCGUAUCUGAAAGUACCAAAAAAAUGCCAAUAGAGGCAGACGAUGAAAAUACAGUUCAUCUUACCGAAAUCGAAACAUCUGAGAUCUGUGGAGAAAUCACAGAUGAUAGUAACAGUGUUACCAUGCUCAGUCUACCUGAAUGUAUAGAAAAAAUGCCAAUAGUGGCAGGCAACGAAAAUACAGUUCAUUCUCUAAAAAUUGAGUGUUAUAGAGAAAUCACAGUUGAUGGUAACAAUACCACCAUGUUCAGUCUAUCUGAACAUACCCAAAAAAAUUCAAUAGUGGCAGACGAUGAAAAUUCAGUUCCUUUUCCAGAAACCCAAAGGUCUGGAGAGAGUGAAGUUGAUUCAAAUCUAGCAAAGUCAGAUAAAUAUCCAAAUAGUACCACAGAGGAAAUAGUUCCAGAGAUUCAUGAUUUAGAGGUUGUUUGUGAAAAAAGCAAAAUAGCUCUUGAGACUCAGAAGAAAACAUCCUUUUCAGUAUCUUGCAUUACCCCCAUGCCUAAAUCAUAUUCAAAUGCAAAAACACAAGUGGAAGACAUAAAAGAAACAAUGACUUCACUAGUUGAUAAAGAAAUUCAAACAGCGCCUAAAAGCAUUUCAAAAACUAGAGACACAUCUUCACGAUUGUUAACUUCUCCAACUUACAGAAGAAAAAACAAAAGAAACCUUGGGUUCCUUCCCCAAAAAGAAAUUAGCAAUUUGGGGUAUUCUUCAGCUGCUGAACAAAUGCCACGUGGUAACAAUUCCAUAAAAAGUGGCAGUCUUUUAAACAUCUUUACUUCCUUUCCCACUGAAGUUAAGAAGGAAACUUUAGAUAGACUAGAAGGUGUGAAAAAAUCAAUAUGUUCUCCAAUUUGUGAUGAAAUCAUGAAAUCCUUGCAGGCUCAUAUCACUGAAGCCGUUUCCAAUUCCAUCGAUGCUUCGACACAUAGUCCACACAAAGUUAAAAAGAAAUCAGUAGAAGUAGUAUUGGAUUUGAAGAAAACGUUGCUUACCCUUCCAGUUUUUGAAGGAAGCAGAAAGUUCUGCGAGUCUCCCACAAAACCCAGCGGAGUUAUCGACUGUAGAGGCGCCUCUCUCUCUGAUUCAUUUCAGAAGAAAUUAGUACAAUCAGUUCAGGAUGAGAAAAAUUCAAUGCAGCCAUGUCCGUGUGCAGGCUAUGGAGAAAUGCAGAGUUCCCCAGAAACUCACCAAAAAAUUCCCUCUCCGAAGAACUGGGAAAGUGACGAGAAAACAGAGAAACCUUCUCAGAAGGAUCCAUUUUUAGGGAAAGAGGCUCCAGAGCAAAAUUUGGUGUGUGCAAGGAAAGAAAUUAAGGUCUCCACAAGCCCUCCUUGGAGAAAGACAGCUUUACUGAAGUUUGGAGGCACUGGAGUAGCAGAAUUCCUCAAAUCGCCAUUAAGCUCCAUCUCUAUUCUUGAUAGACUAACUGCUAAUGAAAAAAAUGUUCUUAUUUUUCAUUUAGAAAAAAAAAGGUUAGAAUUGAGACAGGAAAAUAUCCAUACAAUAGUCACUAAAUCCUACCAAAAAUUGCCUUCUCUCAUCAAACCAUAUAUUCCCAAAGAAGCUCAUUGUGAUAGGCGGGUUUUUCCAAGAUGUAGAAAAUUAAACUUUAUGCCUCAGGAAGCGAUUGAUUCCAUAGAAAUUAACUUAAAACACAAAUACCUGGUGUUUCUUUUUGGACUCCCCUCUAAUAGCCAGAACUCGUUAAAAGAACUCAGUCCAAAGGCUGUAACUCCCAUCCAGAAGACCACCUUCAGGAAAUAUAAAGAGAAAUAUUUUAUCCAAAAUCUAAUAGUAAUUAAAAAAGAAGUUAAGGAGUUAUUAGAAUUCCACAUAAGUGAAAAACAGAAACUUGGUUUUUCAAAUUCACUCAUUAGUUCUCUUCAGAACUUUAUCCCCAGUCCACCAAAAAACAUAUAUGGCCCAGAAGUAGGAAAAACUGUGAAAAGAGUCAUUUGUUCCCUUUUCAUUGAGGGUGAAACAAGGAAAAGUUUACCGUGCCAUUUGAGAAAAAUGGCAGCUGAGCAGAAGUGUGGAAUUCCCUCAAAAUUAAUGAAAUGUGAGAGUACAACAAAAGAAUUAUUCCCUGUCAACAGUAUGAAAGCGCUGAUUGUUAACAAAUUAAAUGUUACAAAUUACACCAAUGAGAACAUUAAACAAGCUGUAGAGUUCAAUAUGCAAUUAAGACUAAAUCAAAAAUCUGCAUUUUUACCUACUCAAAAUAAUACGACAAAAUCACUGCCUCUAGUUUUACAGAGACUCCCAGCCAAAGAUUUAAGAAAGCUUGUUAUAUGCUUUUUAAUGAAAACAUUGGAGAUCAAAAUGAACAUGAUUCCUGGAGUGGUGGUAGAAUCCAUAAAAAUGGUAGAUAAUCAAGUCCCAAGAAAAUCUCGAUUAGAAACAAUUCAUCCUAACAGAGUCACAAAGCCAAGGAGCACAAAAUUGCCAUUCAUGGAGCCUGAGGCUCUUCAUCAAAUAACUCUUAAUUUACAACACAAAUGUCUCAUGUUUCACUUAGGUCUUCCUGUUGAGAAACUGCCUCCCAAACUGACCACGUCCACCCACUAUGUGCCCAGGCCCAAGCUUAAUAAAAAAUGUAAGUCUGUAAAUGAGGGUGGAACCAAAGUUUGCUUUUCCAUCGAUACUGAGAAAUUAGAGCGACACAUCUCUUUCAAAAAGCAGAAUCCUUAUAAAAUACCCCCAUCAAUUAUAAAAUUACUGAAGUCAUUUAUACACUCUGUUUGUCCUUCUGAAUGUUCUUCUGUGGCAAUGAACGACAGGGAAAUUUUGGAAAAAACACUUUCUCUCCAUUAUUACAGCGCUGUCCUUGACACUCAGUUUUGUAUACAGAAAGAUUGUGCUGAGCGUUCCUUUCACAGGUCUACAGGAGAAAAGAAGCCCUAUGACGUUUUACAAAUACCUCCAAGGUUGACUAAAACUGUCCCUGUUCCUCCAAAAGAUGCCUCAACAAAUACUGAUCGCUGCAUGGACUCCAAAGUAUCUUCCCUUCCCAAAGAGGAACUUAUUCCCGAGCUGCAGGAAAGCAAGUCUGAAUCAACUCCUGCCCCAAUAGAGGCAGAGGAUAAUUUCGUCAUUAUUCAGACAAACAUUGAUAAAGAGUUGGACUUCAAUGCAUCAUCACUUCAGAAGACCGAAAAUGCUUCUGAUGUCUCUGAAAACCAUAGUGAACGUUUAACAUCUUCACCUGAGAUUGGCGAUAUCUUUGACACCAAGGAGAAGGUUAAAGCAAGCAUUGAUGGUGUUGUCUUAACGUCAACUUCAGGUAAGAAGACUGAAGUUAAUUUUAAAUGUCAGGAAAGUGGCCAGAAAUCUGUCAAAUUAAUGAUAUCUCCACUACUGCACAAGAAAAGAGUGGAAGCAGAAAUGCCUUUCCAGACACCCAACGUGAUCUGUAGGACCUUUAAGAAGUCCUGGGAAAAUGUGCCUUUAUCAGAUGGUCCUUCUUCAAGGCAAGAUCAGAAGGAAAUGUCUUUUGACAUGCCAUUUAAGUUGGAGGACUUCAGUCCUUCAGAAAAACCCAGCAAAACAAACAGAGUUGGGACUAAAACAAAGCCAGUUUGCCAUGGAAAGAAGGUAAGUCCCCAAAGCAGUCAAGCUUCUGGAAAACCCAGCUCAUUUCUAACAGCAACUUACUCUAAAACUUGUCCACAUAAAAAAAAGAAACCACAUCCUAAAACUCAUUCUCCAGUUACCUCCAUGCCUGAGGGGUCAUCAGGAGCUCAAUCCGAGCCACCUUCAUUUCCCAGAGAAGAGAAGCUUUCAAAGAAAAUACAGAAUCAUAUAAACUAUCCAUCGGCUUCCCCAUUUGACUCAAGCACCAAAGUGACAUUUGAAACAAAUGGUGGGGAUAUUAUUUCUCUCAUGGAAAAUAAAGACAAAAAGAAGCCCAAUCUACCCAAAAAGAAUACUAGGGCACUUGAUUAUGAUUGUGAUUUUACAGAGAUUGAAAAGAAACAGAGGAAGCAAGGGAUAAAAUAUUACUCUGGUGUCAAAAGUCCAGAGCAGCAUUUCUCAACUAAACCUAAAUCACCUUUCAAACGCCAGCAAGAAAAUGACUAUUUUCUUAGUAAGAGAAAAAACACCCAACCUUUUUUUUAUGCCUGCACACCAGCAGAUACUCCAGGGUACCAAUCCAAGACCAUUCGCUGGAAUAUCCCCCAAAAUGUCUGUGGACAGAGUAUGUUUAGAGUUCCUUUGGUAGCAAAGCUUUCAAAUCCAGAAAAAAUAUGGAGUUCAUCCAAGAAGUUUUUGGAGUUAGUUGCAGGGCCCUUUAACUUAUGCCCAGUCAACCAAAAGUGACGUAAAUCAGAUCUGGACUUCUCAUAAAUAAUGUUGUCAAACUGUGAAGCAAUAAAACCGGGUAAAAUCCAA